CGGUUCCGAGUAGCGCGCCGAGCCCGCGAGGCCCGGCGCGGAGGCGGGGGAGGGCGCGGCGGAGGCGGGGCCCGCGCCGGGCCCGCCCGCCCGCCAGGGGAGCCGGCGGCAGUGGCCGAGAAGGCUGCGCGGCGGACGGCGGCCCCAGAUUAGCACCGCGCUGCGGCCCGCGGGACCGUGCCGCGACCGCCGGGGCCGGCCCGGAGGAGCGCCCGCGCCGCCGCCGCCGCCGCCGCGCGCGGAGGGAGGUUAUGAAUGUGAUUUCUGAUGAAACUGGAUUGGAAUAAUUUUCAUGAUCUUUGAUGUUUGUAUAUAUAUUUUAAAAUUUUGCAUUUGACUUAAAGUGCCAUGAGAAAAUUUGCAUAUUGCAAGGUGGUCCUUGCCACCUCCUUGAUUUGGGUACUCUUGGAUAUGUUCCUGCUGCUUUACUUCAGUGAAUGCAACAAAUGUGAUGAAAAAAAGGAGAGAGGACUUCCUGCAGGGGAUGUUCUAGAGCCAGUACAAAAGCCUCAUGAAGGUCCUGGAGAAAUGGGGAAACCAGUCGUCAUUCCUAAAGAGGAUCAAGAUAAGAUGAAAGAGAUGUUUAAAAUCAAUCAGUUCAAUUUAAUGGCAAGUGAGAUGAUUGCACUCAACAGAUCUUUACCAGAUGUCAGGUUAGAGGGGUGUAAAACAAAGGUGUAUCCAGAUAAUCUUCCUACAACAAGUGUGGUGAUUGUUUUCCACAAUGAGGCUUGGAGCACACUUCUGCGAACUGUCCAUAGUGUCAUUAAUCGCUCACCAAGACACAUGGUAGAAGAAAUUGUUCUAGUAGAUGAUGCCAGUGAAAGAGACUUUUUGAAAAGACCUCUAGAGAGUUAUGUGAAAAAAUUAAAAGUACCAGUUCAUGUAAUUCGAAUGGAACAACGUUCUGGAUUGAUCAGAGCUAGAUUAAAAGGAGCUGCUGUGUCUAAAGGACAAGUGAUCACCUUCUUAGAUGCUCACUGUGAGUGUACAGUGGGAUGGCUGGAGCCUCUCUUAGCCAGGAUCAAACAUGACAGGAAAACAGUGGUAUGUCCUAUUAUUGAUGUGAUCAGUGAUGAUUCUUUUGAGUACAUGGCAGGCUCUGAUAUGACCUAUGGUGGCUUCAACUGGAAACUCAAUUUUCGCUGGUAUCCUGUUCCCCAAAGAGAAAUGGAUAGGAGGAAAGGUGAUCGGACUCUUCCUGUCAGAACCCCUACAAUGGCAGGAGGCCUUUUCUCAAUAGAUAGAGAUUACUUUCAGGAAAUUGGAACCUAUGAUGCUGGAAUGGAUAUUUGGGGAGGAGAAAACCUAGAAAUUUCCUUUAGGAUUUGGCAGUGUGGGGGAACUUUAGAGAUUGUUACCUGCUCACAUGUUGGACAUGUGUUUCGGAAAGCCACACCUUACACAUUUCCUGGAGGCACAGGGCAGAUUAUCAAUAAAAAUAACAGACGACUUGCAGAAGUGUGGAUGGAUGAAUUCAAGAAUUUCUUCUAUAUAAUUUCUCCAGGUGUUACAAAGGUAGAUUAUGGAGACAUAUCAUCAAGACUUGGUCUAAGACACAAACUACAAUGCAGACCUUUCUCUUGGUACCUAGAGAAUAUUUAUCCUGAUUCCCAGAUUCCACGUCACUAUUUCUCUUUGGGAGAGAUAAGAAAUGUGGAAACAAAUCAGUGUCUAGACAACAUGGCUAGAAAAGAGAAUGAAAAAGUUGGAAUUUUUAACUGUCAUGGUAUGGGAGGUAAUCAGGUUUUCUCUUAUACUGCUAACAAAGAAAUUAGAACAGAUGACCUUUGCUUGGAUGUCUCCAAACUUAAUGGCCCUGUCACAAUGCUCAAAUGCCACCAUCUAAAAGGCAACCAACUUUGGGAGUAUGACCCAGUGAAAUUAACCCUGCAGCAUGUGAACAGUAAUCAGUGCCUGGAUAAAGCCACAGAAGAGGACAGUCAGGUGCCCAGCAUUAGAGACUGCAAUGGAAGUCGGUCCCAGCAGUGGCUUCUUCGAAAUGUCACCCUUCCAGAAAUAUUCUGAGACCAAAUUUACAGAAAAAAAAAAGAUUGACUGGGCUACCUCAGCAUACAUUUCUGCCACAUUCUUAAGUAGCAAAAAAGGAAAAGUGCUUUCCUCCUGCAGGAUGUAAGGUUUAUCAGCCAUUAAAACUUAGACUCCUCUUGCUUUUCACUAGCUGUGAACCAGCCUUCCUGCCCAAGGACAUGAAAAUACGUAGUAGCAAGACUGUGCACACUGAUGUUUACAAGAUUGAAAGAAUCUUUCAUCAAGAAUCAUUAUAAAGAAUAUUCAGACAAUGAAAUAACAGAAUGUGCUGUCCAGAGAGCUGCACAUUUUAUGGUUUGCUUGCACACCAGUAAUUUCUACUGAAUGUGCUGUCAUAAUGAAGAGAUUUCCAAGAUUUUUUUCUGAUUAGAACUGGUAGUAUAUUAAAUAUUGAUAUAAAAAUAAAUGGAAGAGGAACUGAAACUAGAUUCAGAAUCAUGAAAAAGUUUUUACAAUUAAAAAGCUAUAUUAAACAGGGUUUAAAGGAAAUUAGGACUAUGAGAAGUACAGUUUGUUAAAGUAUCAAAUUUCUAUAUAGAUUUUAUACCUCAGUGGGGAAAAAUAACUAAUUCCAAUGACAUUCAUUUGUUUUCAUCUAUGAUAGUCAUGGAUGCUUUCUUUUUCCUUGGGGUGCUGAAAUUGGGCUUAAAAAAAAAAGACUCUGAACAUAGUUUUAAUUACUUUCUACAAUUCUUUUUAUUUAGUUUGUGAGCUAUUGUAAUUGUAACUUUUAAUUGCCUUCAAAAAAUGGAGACUCAAAAUAAUGUCUGGUCUCAUUCAACCAGUUAGGUAUCUCGGUUGCUCUUGGGUCAACUGGCUUAGAGACUUUCACACACAAAUUUUUUAUUAGAUUUUUAACUUAAUUGAUUCAGCUGAUUAUGCUUAAUACCCAAGAUUCAUACUACUGUGCUACAGAUUUCUUUCCACAGCAAUAAAUAUUCAGUUCUUUGUUUAUAAUUCCAUCCAACAAAAGGCCUGCAGAAGUGAUUUAUUAUUUGGGUAUUUGGAAAUAAUGCAUUUGAUGGAUUUUUGGAAAACAUUUUUCAUUCCAUAUUCAGAUGUACUUCAUUGUCAAGUGCAUAUUUGAAUUAGGUCCUUGAAUUGUAAUGUUGAGCUGCUGCUUUUUUUUUUUAAUAAAAUUUGACUAAAAAUGUUUAGCAUUUUUUAAUGGGUUUUCCAAAAAAGUGCAGCUACUAUUGCAUAUUACUAGUCCUGCAUUUCUUUCCUAAAUCAGUCCUCUUUUUCUCUGAUUUUUAAUACCACAAAAUAACUAAUUAAAACUUGGGUAUCAAUUGUAUUAAUGUUUUAAUCUCAUAGAAAAUCUCGUGGCAUUUUUUCUUAAUAUAUAAAGCAAUCCAUUGGCAAAAAUGCAUAUAUUUUCCUUCCUAUUUGUAAGAUUAUAUUUAAUGAUAUUAUUUUGAUUAUCAAAGACUCUCACUGCAGGCAGUGCUAUUUCUUGUGCCUAAGAAUGUUUCUGAAAGUGGCAUCACUAAUGAUACUUGCCAAAUAGAGUGUACAGAAGGUUUCUCAUAUCCUAUUCCAGUUAAUAAUAUCAAGCACAUGUGGAUGCUUUAGGGUGAGACUGUAGUAAAGAAUGUGUGAAUUUUGUCCCCACAGAAUUUGAAAUGAAGCAGGUGCUGGAUGGAUUUUUUUUUUCCUACUACUACAUGGGCUGUGUUAAUUCUAUCUUCAGUAGGCCUAAUGCUUGAAUAAACCAGAUGUCUAAUCAAUAAAUUAUUUUCAUGAUCAGAAUGUCAGGUUUUUAUACUCUAGUAUAGCUUGGUCUUAUUCCUUACUGUAAGAAAGCUUAAAAGCCAAUGUCAUUUUAGGUUUUGUUUUGUUUUGUUUUUUAAGAGAAUGAUGUGAGUGAUUUAAUUCAUGGGUACUUUUAGAACCUGAUAGAUAAUCCCAUUGCCUUUAUUUUUCUAAUUAAAUAAUUCCUAAAUACUUUGAAAAUAUAAAAUAUUCCUGAAUA